UGAUGGACAGGGAGGCCUGGUGUGCUGCGGUUCAUGGGGUCGCAGAGAGUUGGACGUGACUGAGCGACUGAGCUGAAAGCGCUAAGGAACAAACCACAGCAAUAUGGGUAUGAUGGGUGGCGAUGCAAUAGAGUCAAGACCAACACGUCCAGGUAGGCAACCCCCACAUGGGAGAAUAAUCACAAUUGCAGGGGUUUUCCCCCAAGGAGCAAUGGAAUUUGGAGCCCCACAUUUGGCUCCAAGGUCUGGGGGUCCUGCAAUGGAAAUAUGAGCCCCCAGAAUAUCCAAUUCCAAGAGUAAAUGUGUGUUGCACAUGAGAGAGGCAAAUGGCCAUAGGAAACCAACUCUGCCCUUAAAGAAUACACACAAAAUCUCACACACUCUAACAACUACUAUAGAGGCAGUGAUUUGAAAAGAUUCCGGGUGGAAGCCACAUGCUGCUGAUCUUGGAGUCUCCGUUAGGGGUAGGAGACAACUGGGACUCCUGCUGGAGAUACAGAUACAGGCUACAGCCACUUGGAGAACCCAUUCCACCAUGAGGACACUGGUGCUGAUAAGCAGUUUUGGAAUCCUCCCUUUAGCCAGUAGCUCAUAGCUCAGUUGGUAAAGAAUCUGCCUGCAAUGCAGGAGACCUGGGUUCGAUUCCUGGGUCAAGAAGAUCCUCUGGAGAAGGAAAUGGCAACCCACUCUAAUAUUCUUCCCUGGAAAAUUCCAUGGGCAGAGGAGCCUGGCAGGCACAGGUCGUGGGGUCACAAGGGUGGACACGACUGAGUGACUAAACCACCACCACCACCACCCUUUAGCCUAUAAACUUUUGGAGCUCACCAACCCACCCGCCAGUUAGUACCAAUCACAGGAUCCCCUGAAUUGAGCAAUCAGCAGUGUGAGGAACAGGCCUCAACUAAUAGUGUCCAAGGACUCAGUUGCACCCACAAAAGGCUGGUUCCAGCCCUGGACCUUACUGCCAGUCAUGCCAGAACCCAGCACCAGCAACCGUGGACAAAUGCCAACCCCGAGACUCCUCAGACUAGGCAGACAGCUGCACCAGGAUCCAGCUUACCCAUCAGUCACUGACUGUCGGUAUAAAGUAGAGCCUGGUAGCCAGCUGAGUUAGGAGUUAGUUACACUUACUGAUGAGCCAUAACACUGCCCUUCCUACAACAGAAGGACCCAUGCCACCCACAUAAGGGGCAUUCCUAGAGUAUGUAGCUCUGGUGACCUCUGUACUCACAGAGAAGAGUGUGCUUAAGGCCCUAUAGGACAUCUCCAUCACAGGCCCAUGUUUCCAAGAUUAGGAAAUAUUAACAAAGAAUCUAAUACAUGGAAAUAAAAACAGAAAAUUAGACAAAAUGAGACAAUAGAAGAACAUAUUCCAAAAAAAAAAACUAGAUAAAAGCAGAGAAGAGCUAGUGGAAAUAGAGAUAAAGAUUCUCCUGGAUAAGGAGCUUAAGCUACUAAUCAUAAAUAUGCUCAAUGAAGGAUUCCCCGCCCCCUUCGGGUUCGCUCAGGGAGUCAGGCCCCUGGCCGCCACCGCCACCUCGGCCGCUGCCGCCGCCAUCGCCUUCAUCCUUCGUCCCCCACCAUGGCCGAGGAGCUCUCCGCGGCCACGUCCUACACCGAAGAUGAUUUCUACUGCCCCAUCUGUCAGGAGGUGCUCAAAACGCCCGUGCGGACUGUGGCCUGUCAGCACGUUUUCUGUAGAAAGUGUUUCCUGACUGCAAUGAGAGAAAGUGGAAUACAUUGUCCCCUCUGUCGUGGAAGUGUGACUAGAAGAGAGAGAGCAUGUCCUGAACGGGCCUUAGACCUUGAAAAUAUCAUGAGGACAUUUUCUGGUGGCUGCAGAUGCUGUGCAAAACAGAUUAAAUUCUAUCGCAUGAGACAUCGUUACAAAUCUUGUAAGAAGUAUCAAGAUGAAUAUGGUGUUUCUUCUAUCAUUCCAAACUUUCAGAUCUCUCAAGAUUCAGCAGGGAACAGUAACCGGAGUGAAACAUCUGCAUCUGAUAACACAGAAACUUACCAAGGGAAUACAAGUUCUUCUGGGCAGCCUACCUUUAAGGGUCCCUUGUGUCAAGAAUCAAAUUUUACCAGACAGCGUUUACUGGAUCAUUGUAACAGUAACCACCUAUUUCAGAUAGUUCCUGUGACGUGUCCUAUUUGUGUGUCUCUUCCUUGGGGAGAUCCUAGCCAGGUUACUAGAAAUUUUGUUAGUCAUCUAAAUCACAGACAUCAGUUUGAUUAUGGAGAAUUUAAUCUUCAGCUAGAUGAGGAAACCCAGUAUCGAACUGCUGUUGAAGAAUCUUUUCAAGUAAACAUCUGAAGGCUGUAGAAACCUCUGCAUCUUUGUACCUGCAAGUGCCAUCUUUAAGGAGAAAACUACAUGGAGUCACCAUUUCAAUAACUUGAUGUGUAUAUUAAUAAAAGUAAUUCAGUCUAUUGUUUUAGUUUAAUUGAAAAAUAAAGGUGGGCCAUGUAAAAACUUAAUUCUUUUGAUAAGUUAAAAGAUAAAACUUAGGACAUUAUCUUUAUAAACAUUAAAAGGAUUAUAUUUCAUUAAUAGUGAAAAGAGAAUCCCUAUUGUACUUAUCUUUUUUGCAUUACAUAUUCUUGAAUUUUUCCUUGCUUUUGAAAUUUGGUGCAGUUCCUCCCAUUGACAUUAUUGUACACAGGUAACACAGUACCAAAUUCUGAAUGAUGUGAUUAAUAUAAACCUAACAAAACUGAGCCAGUUAUUUGAGUUGCAAAUGGAGACUUGAAGUGCUAAAUGAAACAAUCCAAAGGAAACUUUUUUAAAUACAGAUUCUAGCUAAAGAAUUCAACUAUAAGAAAAUUGUAUUUAUAUAAUGUUUAGUAUUUUUGAAGACUAGUGAGAUUUCUUUAAUAACUCUUUGAAAAGCAAAAGCUCAUUGUAUAGAUAUUUCCUUUUUGCUGCUAGAAGGAAAUAUCAAGAGAAAAAUUGAUUUCUUUGGUGAACAGUUGGUAAUGUCAAAUCUUGUUUGUUUGGCUGACUAAUUUGUAAGCCUCAAGUACAGUAAGCUGAAUUACAGCUCUUUGGCCUCAGAAUUUUCAAUAACAGAAUUGCUAGUUAGCUAUGAUGAACCUUUAAUUAGAAACUUGCAGUUGGUGAUAUUACAUUCUCUAUAUAUAUUUAAAUGAGAGGUUUGACUUCGUCUCAAUUUAGAAAUUUGUUCAAAGCUCAAGAUGUGUAUGUAUAUAUACAUGCACUUUUGUAUGUGUAUAUACACAUGUAAGCAUGCAAUUCGUCUGGUUAUAUGCAGAAUUUCUAUUAAGAUUUUUAAAAGGGACAAGUAAUAUGGGGUUGAUGUGUUUAUCUGAGUUGAUUAAAAUUUUGUAUGUUACCAAAAUUUUUAAAGUAACAGUCAAAUGCUAAGUUGUCUACUUGGCUACUCUGACACCUUAAAAAUUGAGUUUACACACCUACACAAUUAUAUGUUUAUAUGGUGCUCAUUUGUUAUCUUAAAGAUAAUGCGGGACUAUAGUAGUGAGAUGGAUCCUACCAGCCACUCUGUUUCACUACAUUUUAGUCAAAAUUGAGUUCAUUCUUAGUAUUCAUUAAUGAAAGUCAUAAAAUAACUUGUACUAGACAGCCCAAAUCACAGAAAAAAGCUGAAGAGUGGAUUAGCUGACAUUCCAUACUAAUACAAUUGUUUAUGCUUUCUUUAAAUUAAAUAACUAAAAGAACAUAAAAUCUCAGAAGUAGUUUGCUGCUAAUAUAUACAUAUGUUGUAUAAAAAGGUAUAUUUUGGUUUUGUUAAAACCCUUGUUGACUUUUCUACAGUGAAUGUUUUUUUAACUUGAUUUAAUAAAAAUGUUAAUUUUGAAACGGAAAAAAAAAAUAUGCUCAAUGAAAAUAAUGAAUGAAGAGAGAGAAGACGCAGAGAAGCUUAACAGGAUUAGAAAAUAUAAAAAAGAAUCAAAUAGCUGAGGAAUAUAAUAACUGAAAUAAACACACUUGAAGGAGUUAAGCAGAUUAGAUAUUACAAAGGAAUGGAUCAGUGAGCUGGAAGACAUAGUAAUGGAAAUCACCCAUGCUGAACAGAAAAAAAAAAAAUUAUUAAGAUGUUUUAAGAUAUCUCUGGUAUAAUAUCAACUGAAACUAAUACUCACAUUAUAGUGUUCCCAAAAGGAGAAGAGAGGCACAAAGAAACAGAAAACUUAUAGAAAGACAUAAUAGAUGAAAACUUUCCCUAACUUGGGAAAGGAAAGAGCCAGCUAGGUAUAGGAAGCUCAGAAAUUUCCAAACAAGAUCAACUCAAAGAGGUCUACAAUAGACAUAACUAAAAUGGCAAAAAUUGAAGACAAGGAGAGAAUAUUAAAGGCAACAAGGGGAAAGCUACUAGGCACAUACCAGAGAACUCCCAUAAGAUAAUCAGUUGACAUUUCAGUGGAGAAUUUGCAGGCCAGAAAGAGUGGCACAGUAUAUUUAAAAGAAUUAUCUACUCAGGCUAUUGCUCAAAUUUGAAGAAGCAAUUAAUAGCUUUAUAGACAAACUGAAAAUAAAAGAGUUUAGCACCACUAAAAUGGCUCUACAAGAAAUGGGCUUCUCAAGGUAGAAAAAAGAUGACCAGUAGAAAUCUAUGGGACUCACAAAAAGCAAGCAUUUCUAAGAGGGAAGUUUACAGUGAUAAAAACCUAUCUCAGGAAACAAGAAAAAUCUCACAUAAACAACAUAUCCAUACACCCAAAGAAUUAGAAAAAGAUCAUCAUCAACAACAACAACAAAACUCAGUAGAAGGGAAUAAAUAAUAAGAUCAAGCAGGAAUAAAUAGAAAUUGUUUAAAA